UACUGGACCACUCCACUACCGCGAUUGUGAUUGGCCAAUCGACUAUGAUCAAUAAAAUAUGUCUUCUGAUUGGCUAAUGUGCGUUCGAGGCUGAGCGGUAUAUUUUGAACAUUAAAAAAAUUUGAAAAAAACAAUAUUACUAAUUAAUGUAACCAAAUCUCGCGGGUGAAAAGUAACCGAACGUUUCUUGGAUUUUUCCCUGCAAAACCAUACCAAAAUCAUGCCCACCCCAUUUGUAGACCAGGUAGAAGAGAGAAAUGUGGCCAUGGCCUAGGCUCUACGAGAACAUGAUUGGUUUUCUUGGUUUUUCUAGCAUCUACAAGCCCAAAACUUGAAACAAGUCUGUUUAGCAAUAUCUGCUAUAGCAUGCUAAUCCUCCUUAUCCAUUUAUUUCUGAAAAUUGCAGCAAAAGCAAAUGUUGUACAUUCCCUUUAAAACUAAAUUAGAUUAAAUUAAAUACAUUAAAUUAAACUAAGAAAAAUAAAUUGCUAAAAGAACGAUAAAUAAAAUUACCAAAAAAAGCGAGUUUGCAGCCCUUCUAUUUGGGCAUUCAACAUCUCCCUGGGUCUAGGGAUUGCGAAAGCCUUAGGUGCUGCCCUCUACAGACAGAAUAUCAUGGUGUUCAUGUAUCUGGACAAUUGGCUGGUGGUCGGUCGGUCAAAGCAGUAAGUCAGCAAAGCAUUCAAUUUGACCUUGCGUAUGGCGACUCAACUUGGAUUCCUCAUCAACGAAACGAAGUCGCAACCAACUCCCACACGGACCCCAACUUUCCUGGGAGUAGUGAUAAUCUCACAACAAGAACUGCCUUCCCUACAGAUAUACGCACCCAAAACUCCAACAAUGUGUAACAUUGUUACUCAAAAAAAUUGUGGUCCCAGCAGCAGCAUGGCUAAAACUACUGGGAUUAAUGGCAAGUAUGGUGGACCUGGUGGCUUAUUGUCGACUUCACAUGCGCCCACUUCAACUCCACCUCCUUGCUCACUAUCAACUGAGACAUAUCCCAAUCAGCCUCAUGGUACCAUGUUGUCUACCUACAGCCACACCUUCUAUGGUGGCUAGAUCCUGUCAAAUUGACAAGCAGCCUAAAAUUCCCAAAACGGCUACCAACAAAAGUCCUAACCACAGAUGCCUCUCGGUCAGGCUGGGGAGCCACAUUUGCUUCUCGUCAAAUAGCAGGAUGUGGCUCCAACAUCAACAAGCUUGGCACAUCAAUGUCCUAGAGCUGCAGGCAGUUUUCAAUGCUCUCAAAUAUUUCUAACCAAGCAUUCAGAUUUGGAUGGUCUUGAUAAAUGCCACAACACCACAGUUGUUUCAAACAUCAAUCGCGAGGGAGGCACUUGGUUGGGACAACUUUGCCUCCUCACAUGGGAACUACUCCAAUGGUGCCUGAAGUUCAACAUUUCAUUGAUAGCCACGCAUCUUCCAGUCAAGUACAAUUGUAUCACCAAUGCAUUGUCCAUUGGGAUCAUCCGUCCAACAGAAUGGACACUGCAACCCCAGGUACCCAAAGGAAUACAAAUCAUUGUACCCUUUGGAUUCAAUGAGUAUGGCCCCCAACCCAUACUACACCAAAGGCCUGCCCCCGCCAGCCUGGGAACAUUGGAAUGAUGUUCGAGUUGGUGAAGAUAUUCCACUUUCCAAGGACAAGCCAUACUAUGGACCGUUGCCACCCAAAUACCAUCUUCUGAUGCGGCAGUCAUACUUUGCAGCUACUUCCUAUGUGGACUAUGAAAUUGGCCGUGUUCUAUCAACACUGGAGGAAGAGGGAUUUGCGGAUAGCUCAAUCAUUGCAUUAGUUGGUGAUCAUGGCUGGCAGCUUGGAGAGCACCAGGAGUGGUCAAAGUACAGCAACUAUGACUCUGCAACAAGAGUGCCUCUCAUGUUCUAUAUACCUAAGGUUACCGACAAACACUGGCCACAUCAGCACAAAUUCCGUCUUAUUGACCCACUUGACAGAAUCCAUCAGACUGAACAACAGGAUGCAUUUGACAAUGUCACACCACAGUACAAUCAAUCACUAGGGUUUGUAAGCAAUGCUUUAGUUGAGCUUGUUGAUAUUUUUCCAACACUGUCAAAGAUUGCAGGGAUUACUGUGCCCCCAGUGUGCCCCAUAGACACCUUCCAUACUGAUUUCUGUGCAGAGGGUGUUAGCCUUCUCCCUGUUAUAUGUAAUGUCACUGCAACAGUGAAUUGUGGGUUAAUUGUUCGAUGGAAGAAUGCAAGUUUCAGUCAGUACCCUCGACCAACUUUCUUUCCUUCCCAUAAAACUAACACACCCAAGUUGACUGAGAUUAAUUUAAUGGGAUAUUCUAUGCAUACAAAGAAGUAUCGAUAUGUGGAGUGGCUUUCCUUCAACCAUACAGAUUAUGCAGUUAAUUGGACAGAACCUGUGGCAAGAGAGCUUUAUAGUUACAAAGUUGAUCCUCUGGAAAUGCAGAACGUAGCCAAUGCAUCUCAAUAUCGGAACCUCAUCAAAGAGCUCUCUCAACAACUUAGGAGUAACUGGAGACAUGCAUUGCCAGUUCUGAAAAAGAAAACAAAUACAACCGAGUAGAAGCAAAACAAUAUGAGAAAUGACAAACUACAUUAUUUCAAAACAACUCAAGUAAAGGAACGUUUUAGGAAACAUUACCAAAUUUGUCAUUUUAAUAAAAAAAAUUCAGGUUUCAGGUUUCAGGUUUAUUUCCAUACUAUAUGGUAAUUAAGUUGAAUAAUAUACAUCAGGUAAACAUUUUAACGAAACUUUGAAAUAAUAGUAUGGGGAGGCCAGACAAGAAGCCGAAGCUUGUACUAGGUCUGCCCCCUUCACAAAGAAUACAUGUAGUUAUACAAUUCAUGAAUAAUCAUAGGAUAUAUCAAUAAUAUGUGAUUACAUUAAAUUCACGAGCUCAUGCAAAACUUUACAAAAAAAGAAUAAGUUACUUGAAGUAAAUUUACCAUCCUUGGCUUUACAUGUGUUGUUAAUAAUUUUACUUGGCAAUAAAGUAAUAAUUUUGCUCUUAAUCACCAUUGAUAUUAGCCGUAGUGAGAAGUAGUUUUUUAUAAUACAAUUUACAUGCUCUAAUUGAGGUCAUUGGGCAGAGAGAUCGAAUUUUAUUCCAAAGGAGGGGCCCCUGGUGUCGUACAGUUGAGAGGUGUAGGGAUGUUCUAACUUUAUUAAGAUGAAGCUUAUUUGACGAUCUUGUGUCGUAAUGAUGAAUAUCUGUGUUCAUUACAAAAAACGAUUUAAUAUUCAAAGGCAGUAUGUUUUUUUCAAAAUUAUACAUUAGAGCACACAAUUUAUAUUUAUAAAGAUCAUAUACAGAUAAGGUGUUGAACUUAACAAAUAGCGGGGCAGAGUGAUCCUUAAAACUAGAACCAUUAAUCAGUCUUAAAGAUUUCUUCUGUAAAACGAGCAAUUUAUCAAGAUAGGUUUUAUGAGUAUCACCCCAGGCAAGUAUACCAUAUUGAAGAUGAGGCAAGGAUAACGUAUUAUAAAUUGAAAAUAGAACACGGGAUGGGACAAAAUAUCUCAGUUUUCUAAGAAUACCAAGGUUGCGAGAUAUAAUUGUAAGGACUUUCUGACAAUGAUUUUUCCACGUUAACUUAUCAUCAAUAAUGACCCCCAAAAACUUACAGGAAUCAACCUUUUCAAUAUGAUGAUUGUUAAAACGAAUCUGAAUACUUUUAUCUACAAUUCGAUUUGUAAAAAACAUCGUAUGUGUUUUCUUAAAAUUCAAAGAUAAUUUAUUACAUACAAACCACUCAAAUACAUUAGUUAGCUCAUUGUUCAAUAUGUCAACAGCAUCAUUCAAAUGUUUACUACUGUAAAAUAUAUUUGUAUCAUCUGCAAAUAAAAGAACGUCAGAGGUCGAGUAGAAUUACAAAUAUCAUUAAUAUAAAUAAGAAAUAAGAUAGGUCCUAGGAUUGAGCCCUGAGGUACACCACAUGUGAUUGGUUUGUAAUUGGACUUUUUAUUUUGCCAGACAACAAAUUGUUUCCUAUUUCUCAAGUAAUCUUUAAACCACUCGAGUUCAGUACCUCUGACACCAUAUGUUUGUAGUUUAUUAAUUAGAAUAUCAUGAUUUAUGGUAUCAAAUGCCUUAGAAAGAUAAAAAAAAAAAAUACCAAUUGUAUGUUCACGUUUGUCCAGACUAGAUGUUAUUUUAUCAACUAAAUUAAUCAAGGCAAGUUCAAUUGAAUAUUUGGCCCUGAAGCCAUACUGAGAUUGUGACAGUAUGUUAAAUUUAGCAAUAUAUUUUUCAAGACGGUUUGCAACUAACCUUUCUAGCAAUUUUGAGAAGCAUGGCAAUACAGAUAUGGGGCGAUAAUUAGUGACAUUGGAACGAUCACCAUUUUUGUAAACUGGAGUAACUUUAGCAGUUUUAAGUUCAUUAGGGACCUCUCCGGGAAUUAAAGAGUGAUUAAAAAUAUCUGUUAAAGGGUGAACAAUAAAAGGAGCAAUAUUUUUUAUCAAAAUAUUAUCAAGUUCAUCAUGACCAGAGCUCUUCUUAUUUGGAAGUUUACUGAUACAAUCAAAUAGUUCUUCCUCGGUGACUGGGCUUAAGAAUAGAGAAUCGGGAAAGUUACCUUUGAUAUAUGUUAUCGGGUCAGAAGUACUAUGUUGUAUCUUAGAAGCUAAAUCUGGACCAAUGUUAACAAAAUGUUGAUUGAAAUGCUCUGCAAUCGUUUGAGGGUCGUUAACAUCAUUAUUGUUUAUUUUGAUCGAGUUAACUGGCUUGAUGUUUUUGCGCUUUUUAUUUAAAAUUUCAUUUAUGAUUUUCCAGGUAUUUUUUAUGUUGUUUUUUUGUUGCUCAAAAGACUCUGAGUAAUAUAUUUUCUUGGAGGCUCUAAUAACGGUGGUUAAUUUGUUUUUAUAUCUGUUAUAUUUGAGUUUGUUGAUCUCAGAAGGUUUUGUAAGAAAUACUUUAUACAGUUUAUUUUUCUUUUUUAUAGACUUGAGUAGACCUUAGAAAUAAAAUGAAUUUUAUAAAAUGGCUUGAA